ACUGUCGGCACUAACAGACGAGGUGGAAGCAAGAACAAUUAAGGCUCCCCCUAAUGCAUCUUCGGAAGCAUCUUAGAUCCGUUUUCAAGAGGAAAACGGUCGCAGGAUGGACUUCGAGAUGGAUUAGGGUGAGCUCUAAAACAAGUUUAGUGCUACCAGUGCAACUGCUGGAUCCUCAGCUAAUCAUGUUAAGGGGGCUUACCGUAUUAAUUCGUUUGAACAAGACGCAUCGUCCCUGACUCCAUUGCAAUUGCAAAGGACAAGACACAUCAGAGACGCUUUAGUUCGAGAUGAAUAUGGGUACCUACUAAAGUCUAAUUCUAAUAGUAUCACCUCUCCUGCAGAGAAUUUCGACCUAGACGCUUACAGAAACGACAACGUUGAAGAUUCAGAUUCUUCCGAUUCCGACAAUGAGCAGGCUCCUCAAUUUCAGGUAGCAGG